CCUCUACCAACUGAGGGUUUCAUGAGCAUACUCCUUUGCCACAAUCUUGGUGAAUAGUCUUUCACUGUGCAAUUGUGUCUUGGAAAUUGUUUUACUUAUUAUCAUGAUUGUGCUUGGCUGGAUGCUUUUUGUUGGAUUUGCUUGUUACAUGGGCACAUUUCCGGAGUUUGUGCCUCCAACUCUGAAGUGGAAGGAGAGGUGGGCUGUUCAGGAGAGCAAGGCACGCCUAAGAAGCCAGACUUUAGAUGAAGAUCUGCAACCGAACAAUGUGGAAGGGAUAUAAGUAUCCCCCAGGAGGG